GGGCCAUCCUGGCAACACUGGCGACUGGAGAGAUGUAGUGGUUUCGGUUGUGUGCGUGUUGUUGUCAUUCCCCACUCAUGAAAUCGGAAGAAGUAGUAAUGAAAACAUUGUACAAAGAAAUCGGUGAGGGGCAGCGGCUGCAUGUAGUCGUCGAAGAGCAGGCACCAAUCCCAAGAGUCGAGGAUGGCUGCAUCUUGGUGAACGUUAAAGCCUGUGCACUCUCUGAAACGGAAGACCUGAUAUUACACCGGGUAAACAAGGCAAACCCGAAGAGAAAUUUCCCGGUAUGCUGUGAGGUGGCUGGAGUAGUCGUAGACGUUGGCCCAACAGUGAGCAGUCUUCAACCGGGAGAUGAGGUGGUCGGGAUAAUUCCACUUGACUAUGGCCAGUCGGGCUGCUCAGAGUAUGUUGCUCUUCAUGAAUAUGAUGUCACAAUAAAGCCGCAAGGAGUCAGCUUUGUGGAUGCAGCAGGCUGCGUAGGUGAUGCUGUACGGGCCUACACUGGUCUCCACUAUCUGGGCCGUCUAAGUAGCGGAGAUACUGCUCUCAUUCUGGACGGUGCCUCCUCCUUUGGAGCUUUGGCCGUUCAGCUGGCUCAUCAUUGGGGAGCCAAGGUGAUAACAACAUGGAGCACAGAAGAUGAAAGACUGUAUCUGGAAGGCCUGGGAAGUCAGGCUGAAUGCCUCAUACAUCUUGGAGGAAACAACAACUAUUCCAUGGGAUACAACAACAAUCAUGAGGAGCCCUCCAACAGUUUAUUCUCCGCAUGCAUGCAGGAAUCUGCAGGUCUCGGAGUGGACCUGGUGGUUGACGGCGGCGUCUCUGAAUUUGGCGACACCUUCGGCGAUCGUUUCCUCCCCAGCAAACAUGACAUUAUCUCCUGCUUGGCAGUGGGGGGACGGUGGGUGACUUCAAAGAGAGACCUGCAGCUGGACCCUCCUCACUCCCAGAUGCUGUUCAUGAAAUGUGCUUCCGUAGGGUUUCUUUUUGAGCAAGCCUGGACAUUGUCCUCCACCCAACAGGGGCGCUACUUACACAUCCUCAUGGACAUCAUGGAGAAGGUGUCGAGCUCUGUCAUAAGGCCAAACAUUCAUCACACAGUGGCCUUUGAGGCAGUGCCUGAGGCCCUCCAACGGCUGCCGCAGGAGCGGGUGGGUAAAGUGGUCGUCACCUGGGAGUAAAUACUCGUACUGAGCCAUUCGUUGGGUUCAGGAAAGAUGUUACAGUACAACGUGAGCAUUUAACAACUGGAGUUGGACACCAGACUUUUGCUGGCUUUAAAAAUGCGCUUUCGUGCUCUUUGCCAAUAAUUGCACACAACGUAAAAGUUUGUGAGGACAACUUCGUUGUGACACCUGCAAUAUUCCACAACAUUGGACUUGUAUGUGGUAAGAUAGCGGUUAGGAUUGUGAAAGUGUCAGUUACCAUAAAAAGAUAGCAGUGUUUGAGUGCACAAAUCGAAGAAACAAACAAGUCGGAUGUGAUGGAAGAAAUGAUGCCUGAACGGUAUUUCAUGGAUCAAUAUAUUAUGUAAAGCUAAGUCAUAACUUCUAAAAUGUAUAACACAUAGAGCCUGAAGUUUUUGGGAAAUAUUUUUUUCUAAAUUCGGGGGGUAAAAAUCGGGUAAAUAAACAUGUGCUCCACGUUCGUACGAAUUUGGGUGAAAAAACUCCCUGUAUACUAAAUUCGUAGAGAAAUCUGGCUCAGUUACUCAAACUAACUGUACUGGUUUGGUACCAACGGUGAUGUAACUGCAUUUGCUGCCAAACAAGUUAGUGUGUAUUCCUACAGACAUCUUAGUGAGGGCAAUUUGCCGGGUAAAAAUCGGGUUUCACCCUGAGGAGGUGAAACCUUCAAUUCGGGGUGCAAAUUUGGGGAAGAAUCACGUUAAACCCUAAAACUUCAGGCUCUAAUAAUACAACGGGUAUUCAGAAAGUAAUUUCCCAUUGGCUCUGAAGAAGAAAAAAAAAACAUGAAAGGUUGUUUAAAUGUCUUGUCUUCACUGAAUUCUACCUACCGUAUUCACGCGCAUAAUUCGCACACUUUUUCACCUAAAACAAGUAAAAAAAGUUGGUAAAAAAAGUAAAGAAAGUUUUAAAAAGUUACGAUAUUAUUGCAAAAAUUUAUGUAUGCGUUCAUACAGGCUCCCGGGAUAGCCUAUGUUGACGAUACCACUGCAUUACACAAGCGUGAGAGAAGUACUCACCUACCUCAAACUUUUUCUGGGUGCACGUUGUAUUCUGUGGUGUACAGUAUAUACGUGUAUAGUGUAUAUACAGGGUGGUCCACCAACCAUGAUAGAAAUUCAUAGUAAAAAACGUAGGCCCCGGAGACACAUGUGUGG